AUGAAGUUCUCAAUCUCAGCACUGAAGCAGGUACAACCAAUCUUGAGCUUCAAGAACAAACUCUCCAUGGUCAACGUUAACUCUUUCCUCUAUCCCCAAGAAAAAGUCGUCUUCGUUAUGGGAGCCACUGGUUCCGGCAAGUCACGUCUCGCCAUCGACCUAGCAACUAGGUUUCAAACCGAGAUCAUAAACUCCGACAAAAUCCAAGUUUACAAGGGCCUCGACGUCCUUACAAAUAAAGUGACACCUCAAGAAUGUCGAGGCGUGCCUCACCACUUGCUUGGUGUAUUUGAUUCUGAAGCUGGAAACCUAACGGCCACGGACUUCACUAACCUUGCGUCACAAAAAAUCUCAACACUCUCAGCUAACAACAAACUUCCUAUAGUAGCUGGUGGAUCAAACUCAUACAUCGAAGCACUUGCGAACCAUUCGUCUGGACUCUUGUUAAACAACUACAAAUGUUGUUUCAUUUGGGUCGAUGUUUCCUUACCAGUUCUUAACUCAUUUGUCUCAAAACGUGUCGACCGCAUGAUGGAGGCAGGACUACUCGAGGAAGUAAGAGAAGUAUAUGAUCCCAAAGCGGAUUAUUCGGUCGGGAUACGACGAGCUAUCGGGGUCCCGGAGCUUCACGAGUACUUACGUUACGAAUCUCUAGUGGACUGUGUUACAAAAAGAAAGAUGCUUGACGUAGCGGUUAAAAAGAUAAAACAGAACACAGAGAUAUUAGCAUGUCGACAGUUACUAAAGAUUCAACGCCUAAGCAAGAAGUGGAAGUCGUGUAUGCACCGCGUGGACGCAACGGAAGUGUUCUUGAAACGUAACGAAGAAGAAGCAGACGAGGCUUGGGAGAAUCUUGUAGCGAGACCGACAAAGAGAAUCGUCGACAAGUUUUGUAAUAGCCAUCAUGUGAUGAGAAAUAAUGAUGUUGAGCAUUGUUUGACUACCAUUGGAGCGGCGUCUUACGGCGGAGGAAGUGGAAGUAGGGCUCACAAUAUGAUAUGA